UGCGAUUUCGAUCCACAGCCUGUAGACUGGACUGUUUGUCGCGUUUGGGAUGGAAGGAUUCACGCGCGUUCAUUGGCUAGGCCGUCUUACAGUAAUGUAUGGUAUGAUAUGAUACGGCAGCAUGGCCCAGGGACAAGAGACAAGGGGUACAGACUAUCGUAGGCCCCUUGAUUCCCCUCCUUUGCUCCACGGGAUACAUCAUAGCUAUGGUUAUAGGCAGAAAGAAACCCCGCCUGAUCAUAUGUACGUCGCACUCUUCUUUUCUUUCUAUGUCAUCCCCUCCGCUUCUUUCUUGCUUUCCCUCUUCCUUUUCUUUCUUCUCGUUUUUGAACCCAGCUCAUCCUCGACUCCACCAAGGAAGCAAGGACCCUGCUUUCGUAGGAACAAGGAUAUCUCUCAAAAAUGCCCUCCACACCAGACAACAAUUCAGGACAAGGCGCGCGCAGGAACAGGAUCCAUGACGUGGAGGACUCUGCUCGGAUCUCACUGCUGCACGGAGGCGAAACCAUCUCCCGCAAAGCCAAGACAUUCUGGGGGCAUUUCAAGGACUUUAUCGACAAUGGGAAUGUUAUCGCACUAGCGGUCGGUCUGAUCCUGGGAGCAUCCUUUACGGCUCUGGUCAACUCGCUGGUCGAUGAUAUCAUCUCACCUCCACUUGGUAUAACGCUGGGUCAGGCCAGUCUUGAAAACUUGUUUGUGGUGAUCAAGGACGGGAAAAAUGCUUCAACACACUAUAUGACAUUGGAACAAGCCCGUGAUGAUGGUGCGGUAUGCAUUGCCUAUGGUCGCUUUAUCCAGAUGACCUUCAACUUUUUCACUGUGGCCCUGGUCCUCUUUAUUCUCAUCCGACUGUUCCAGUCAUUCCAGCAGGAGGAGAUCAUCAAGAGCAAGGUCAAAUGCAAGUACUGUCGCCAAAAGAUCAAUAAGAACGCUACUCGCUGCCAGUUCUGCACGUCCUGGCAGGACGCCGCAGAACCCAAUCAUGUCGUCAGUCCGGCACCUCUCACCCGCUCAGACGGAUACAUGAGCAACUAGACCACGGAUUUUCAGAAAAUAAAAAACGGCAUCUCAAUCGAACAGUUCCUCUCACUGCGCCCAACAAUAAAAUUGUGAAACAC